AUGAUUUUCGGUGAAAAUUUAGCAUGGUUACUUAGGUUUUCCUCACAGACUGUGUAUCUGUCAAAUUUUUUAGGAACGCCGCAGCGGAAAAUUCGGGAAGGAGCAAUGGAUGACUACAACUUUUCAAUUUCAGAUAGUUGGUCAUUUGAGAAUGAUGUUCGUAGUGAGGAGAGUGUCUCCCACAAUAGUCGCGAUUAUACACUAGAAUUUACCACCGACCAGAUUUUUGAAAGUAGAGAAGAUAUGUUAGCUUGGGCGCGGAGCGUUAGUCUAAAAUAUGGUAUUGUGGUGGUUAUUUUAAAUUCUACUAAGUUAAAAGGCGGCAAAUUGCCGAAGUGCAUUCUUGGUUGUGAAAGAGGAGGAAAGUACGAACCGCUACGGUAUUUGGUUGAAGGGCAAUCCUUGCAAAGAAACACUGGGACUAGAAAAUGCGAUUGCCCAUUUCAACUGCGAGGUAUACCACAACAUCCAUACGGUAUCAGGUGGAGUUUAGAGGUUAUUAGUGGUGUCCAUAACCAUGAAACAGCAAAACAUAUUGAGGGCCACGAGUACCCGUCAAGGCUAAAACCAGUAGAGAAACAAUUUGUGGCCGACAUGGCCAAUAGCACUGCGCCUCGUGAGAUUCUUAAUAUUUUGAAGCAAAAAGACCCGUCAAACACUACGGGAAUCAAGAGCGUUUAUAACGCUAUUUUUACAAAUAAAGCAGCCAAACUGGACGGUCUAACUCCUAUUCAGUAUGUCAUACGUCAAUUACUUAAGAAACAUUACCUCCAUCAAUUUCUUACAAAUCCGGAUACUAACGAAAUCACAGAUAUUAUUUGGGUUCAUCCUAUGAGUCUAGAGCUAUCUGUCAACUUUCCGUCUGUACUAAUCAUUGAUGCCACGUACAAGACCAAUGAGUAUCGGAAACCACUAUUGGAGGUUGUGGGUAUCACAUCCACAUGGCGAACUUACUCGCUUAUGUUCGGUUAUCUUAGUAAUGAGAAAGAAGAGACAUUGACGUGGGCAUUGAAUAACUUAAAAAACUGGAUGCUUCAAAAGGGGGCGUCGAUGCCAUUGGUGUUUGUUUCAGAUCGGGAUUUAGCGCUAAUGAACGCCAUUGAAGCAUGUUUCCCUACAGCACGUCACAUCUUGUGUAUUUGGCACAUAAAUCAGUGCGUCAUGAAGAACUGCAGCCGUGUGCUUGGUCCGGAAUGGAAGCGCUUCAUCAAGUCAUGGCACUCGCUUAUCAAUUCAUCUACACCUUCGUCUUUCGAACAGAAGUGGCAAGCCAUGUGCAACGAUUUUCGCCAGUUCCUGUAUGUCAUAACUUACCUGUGGCAAACAUGGUUAAAGUCGUACAAAGAGCGGUUUGUUUCAGCAUGGACAGAUACAUGCAUGCACCUCGGAAGCAAUUCAAGUCAAAGGUACAACCUAGUACUGCAUACAUUUGAUGAGGAUGUUUACGAUUGUUUUACUCAUUUGCCAUUGAGGUCCCCUCCAGUUCCAAUCGAAUACCGCCGGGAAAUUGCUAUUGCCCGUGUUAACAACAAUCACUUCGUGCAAAUUUUCUUAGAACCUCAUUACCCUGUACUACCCAUUCCAACAUGGUGGGAGGAAAAUUCAUCGGAUGAAGCUAAAGGAUGGGCUGCCAGUUAUGAAACACGUUUGCUAUUGUGGUACGAAGUAAUGGGUAUAAGCACGCCGGGAGCAGCAUUUGGAGGAGAUAAUGAUUAA